CUCUCUCCGAGCUCCUGCCUGUGAAGCGUGUGUCCUCUCUGGACAACUCUCAGUCCGCACACUUUUCCCUUUUGACAUAAGAGUCUCGCUUUGUCGCCUAUGCUGGUCUCAGACCCUUGGCUCCGGCGAUCCUCCCGCAGCCUCCUCCCCGCUGACCGGCAGGCACAGGCUGCCCCAACUUACAACCUGAGUUUUGGUAUGCCAGCUCUGACCUGCCAGAGAGGCAGAAUACAGACCGUGAGGAAUGUGGCAGAGUUGCCGCUCGAGUGGGAAAUGGGCGAGAAAACGUGCGAGGUCGGCGAGGGUUGCCAAGACUUGGUGACGCUCUUGUACAACGGACCCCUGAUCAACUUGGUGAUCAUCAAGGGCUGCAUUAAGGCUGAGGACCAAAAGCCGCGGGUUACCUGGCUCAGGACUGGUCCUGGGCUCUCUGUCGUCUCCUACACCCGUGUGUGUCGCCACGGUGACUUCUGCAAUGAUGCAGGCAGCACUGAGAUCCUUGAGGACCUACCGACAGCCACAGUCCCAGGGUCCCUGCGCUGCCCACUCUGCCUUUCUAAUGACAGCUGUGAGAAUGCACCAGAACAGGUCUGCCCUGCAGGCAGCACACACUGCUACGAUGGAGUCCUCAGGCUCAGGGGAGAAGGCAUCAGGACCAAUCUCAAGGUGCAGGGCUGCAUGACCCAGCCAGGCUGCAACCUGCUCAAUGGCACCGAGGCAAUUGGGACCUUGUCUAUGAGCGAAAGCUGUGGUCUUCAGCUAGGUCCACAGGCUCUGGAUUGCAACAGCGUGAGCUUGGACACUGUGAGGAAUGUAUCAGCUCUGCACCUGACCUGGACGACUGGCUGGAAGACCUGUGAGGUUGGCGAGGGGUGUUACGAAACAGUCAUGCUAAUACAAAACGGACAUGAAUUUCACAUGGUUCUCACUAAGGGAUGUACUAGGGGUAUAAACAAAAAGGCUCAACUCACCAGGCACAGAACAGGCCCAGGAAUCUCCAUCGUCUCCUACUUCCAAGUGUGCCGCGACAGGGACUUCUGUAAUGACCUGUCUACAACAGAAACUCUUUGGAUCCCGCCCCCUGAAACAGUGCCAGGGACCCUGCGCUGCCCACACUGCCUUUCAACCCGUGGCUGUGAGAAUGCACCAGAACUGGUCUGCCCUGCAGGCACACACUGCUACAAUGGAGUCCUCAGGCUCCGGGGAGGGGCCAUGGCCACCAAUUUGAGAGUGCAGGGCUGCUCGCCACAGCCGGGCUGUGAACUGUUCAGUGGCACCCAGGCAAUUGGACCCAUAGAUGUGCGUGAGGACUGUGGUUCCCACUCAGGCACUCAGGCACUAGAAUGCAGGAGUGGCUAUGCAGAAGGCCUAAGGAAAGUGUCGUCGUUGCCCCUGGACUGGACAACCACCUGGCAGACCUGUAAUAUUGGCGAGGGGUGCCAGGAAACUGUCCUGCUCAUACAGAAUGGACCUGAGGUGAACCUGGUGCUCACCAAAGGCUGCACGGCGAAUGAAGACCACAAGCCCCGAAUCACUCGGCACAGGCUAGACCCCAGCUUCUCCAUCGUGUCUUAUACCCACGUGUGCCGCCAAUGGGACUUCUGCAAUGACCUGUCCUCCACUCAUCCUCUCUGGGUCCCACCACCUGUCACAGGUCCAGGAAACCUGAGCUGCCCCUUCUGCCUUUCUAAAGAUGACUGUCCACAGGACGGACCGGAGCAGGUGUGCCCUGCAGGCAGCACUCACUGCUACAGUGGAGUCCUCAGCCUCAGGGGAGGAGGGAUCAUCUCUGAUCUGAAGGUGCAGGGAUGCGCGUCCCAGUCCCAGUCAGACUGCAACCUGCUCAACGGCACCCAGACAAUCGGGCCCAUAAAUGUGCGUGAGGACUGCAGUCUUCAGUUAGCCGCAGAAACUCUGAAAUGCCAGCAUGGGACGCUGGAGACGGUGAAAGAUAUAUCGGAGCUGCCUCUCCAGUGGACGGCUGGCCAGACCACCUGUGAUGUGGGUGAAGGCUGCCAUGACACGCUGAUGAUGAUAGAGAACGGAAAGCAGAUGAACUUGGUUCUCACGAAGGGCUGCACUGCUGCAGAGAACCAAGAGGCUAAAGUCACAGAGCACAGGACUGGCCCUGGGCUGUCUGUCACCUCCUACACCCGAGUAUGCCGUGGAAAAAACUUCUGCAAUGACCUGUCUACCACAGCCCCUCUCUGGGCUCCACCUCUGGUGGCAGCCCCAGGGACCACACGCUGUCCUCUCUGCUUUUCUGCACAAGCCUGUGAAAAUGCACCAGAGCAGGUGUGCCCUGCAGGCAGCACUCACUGCUACAGUGGAGUCCUCAGCCUCAGGGGAGGAGGGAUCACCUCCAAUCGGAAGGUGCAGGGAUGCAUGUCCCAGCCAGGCUGUACCCUGCUCAAUGGCACCCAGAAAAUUGGACCUGUGGAUGUGAGGGAGAGCUGCAGUCCUCUGUCAAAGACUCUGACCUGUCACCGGGGGCUCAUGUUUACGUCUGGCAACAACUUUGCUAAGAAACCUGUCAAGUGGACUGCAACAGGGUCUCAGGUGUGUGAGCCUGAUGAGAUUUGUCAAGAGACGCUGCUGCUCAUAGACGUAGGACAGAAAUCAGCCCUCCUGGGCAGCAAAGGUUGCAGCAGUCCUGGGGCAGAGAACAAUGGUGGUGCCUCCAUCUUGUCCCGGCCCCCUGGGAUGCUGGUAGCUUCCUAUACCCGCUUCUGUUCUUCCAGUCUGUGCAAUGGAGACAGCAGCAGCAGCAUCCUUCUAAACGUCCUCCCCCAUCCAGAUGUUCCUCCCCCAGGAGACGUGCGGUGUCCCAUGUGUGUACAGAUUUUUGGAUCCUGUAACGACACCAACUCUGUCACCUGCCCUCAGGGUGCCACUCACUGUUAUAAAGGUGACAUUGAGCUACAGGGAGGUGGACUGUCUUCCACAGUGAGCAUUCAGGGGUGCAUGGCCCCACCUAUCAAACCCUUACUGGGUGACUCCAAAAUAAUUGGGAUCUUCUCGGCAAAAGAGAUCACUGACUAUCAAUAUGAAUAUGAAGAUAAUGAAAACCAUUAUAUUAGUGGUGCCUCGGCCCCUUCCCUGGCCUGGAUGUUAGGGCUCUUGGCUCUUCUCAGCCCGUUGUUUGCAGAGAUCUGUCCUCUUUGCUGAGCCCAUUUCCCUGUCAGUCUUAAUCCCUCCUGGCCACCCAUACCCAGCCCUCCUCUGACUUCAUAACGCAAAGACCUGAGACUGGGCGCUGUCGCCUGCGCUGUCGGGCCUCAUCCCUCAGCCACACACCUCGGCCUCCUCCUGCUUAGAUAUGGGAGCCACUGGACUCACCCGGCUCCAGAGCAGACAGCCACGCACUGACCACACAUGUGGAAAAAUAAAGUUGCUGUUGUUUACCAAA